ACGCCUUACCAAUUUCCCCCGUCUCAGUAUCCGCGUUUAUUAUUCGAGCCAACUCCUACGGCUCGUACGCUAGUCCAUUGCCACUGAUAAUAUUUUACUCACUUGUUCUUUGACACUCGUACUGAUCAUUAGUCACUUUAUUUGUCAGAUUGUAACUUUAUUUAAAUAAUGGCGGAUAAGGAAAAGAAGAAGAAGACCAAAAAGAAGGAAGAAGCGUCGCCUACACCAGCCCCUGCUGCUCCUGCCGCAUCCCCAACACCUCCACCAGAGUCUCCGAAGGAAAAACCAAAGAGUCCAUCAGGAACUCCCAGUGGAUCUCAAAGAGCGAGCAGCCGUGGGUCUAAACGAGCUAAGCGCGCUGGUUCCAGUGUGUUCUCUCUGUUCACACAGAAACAAGUCGCUGAGUUCAAAGAGGCCUUCCAGAUGAUGGAUCACGACAAAGACGGCAUCAUCGGCAAAGAGGAUCUACGUCAGACCUUCGACUCUGUCGGUCGUCUUGCCACUGACAAAGAAUUAGACGCAAUGAUGGAAGAGGUACCUGGACCCAUCAACUUCACUCAGCUUCUCACUCUGUUUGCCAACCGGAUGUCGGGAGCAGGAUCGGAUGAGGACUCUGUUAUCAUCGAGGCCUUCAGCACCUUUGACCAGAAUGGAAAAAUCAAAGGGGAUAGGCUGAGGCACGCUCUGUUGACCUUCGGUGACAAAUUCACUGUCGCAGAAGUAAAUGACGCCUUUGACAACAUGUACAUUGAUGAGAAAGGAAACAUCGACACCCAGAGUCUCAUUGCCAUGCUGACUGGUGCUGGCGAAGAGGAUGACGAAUAAAUAAAUAAUGAUAAUAAUGAUAAUAACAAUAAGCUGGUCCAUCAUUGACUUUUUAAAAAUUUAAAUAAUGAAAUUCUGAAAAAUAUAAAUUAUUUUAAUUAAAAGCUGAGCCAUUUAACGGCAGCAUAAUUGUCUAAUAUCUUGUGGACUUACACACGCGAUUAGCUGAGCCCUGAUUUAUUUUAAAUAAAACUAAAGUUAAUUAUUUAUAUUUAAUUAAUUUCUUCACUCGGGGGCAUCUGCUCGUGUAUAUAAUAAUUAUAAUAAUAAUAAUAAUUAUAAUAAUAUUAAUAUUAAUAAUAAUAAUAAUGAUAAUAAUUUAUGUAAA